GCCCUAUGUUCCUCAUACAAAAAGUACAUGUAGACUAGUGUGUCCAAGUUGUACGAUUAAACAAAACUUACCUUAGAUUCGGAAUUAACGAAGAGCCAAACUUGACUGGAUCAAUCUCUUUUCCAGGCCCAGGUUGGAGGAGCAUAUGGCGGCGACGGAGUCCAGUUUAAGCCCCGCGGUGGAGUCGGUGGUGCCGGCAUGUAUGUUCGCACCUGACCCGGGUUGCGCGGAGGAUUCGCCCGGCGCUGAGCUCAGCGACGCCGGGGACAACCAGAACGGGGACGCCGAGGAUCAUUUAGACCUCACCAGCAAGUUUGCACUGGUCAGCCCUACAGGAGAGCAGUAUGACUGUUUACAAAAGCAGCUGCGAGAACGAAUGGAGGAAGGAUGUGGAGAAACCAUCUAUGUGGUUGGCAUGGGGACAGACGGUGGUGAUUAUGGUUUGGAUGAGCGGGAUAUGGAAGCAUCUGUCGCUACGGUGCAGUCUCUUUGCGAACAGGUUGACGGUGACCUGAUUCUGCUGAGAGAGAGGACGGAGACGGCGGGACGUGUCCAUGAUUAUCUUAUCAGGCGCCGUGUGGGAGAGGCAGACUUUAUGGAAGUCAGAGUGGCGGUCGUAGGUAAUGUAGACGCUGGAAAAAGCACACUACUGGGCGUCCUAACCCAUGGCGAGCUCGACAACGGUCGCGGAUUCGCCCGUCAGAAGCUCUUCCGCCACAAACACGAGAUGGAAAGCGGCCGGACCAGCAGCGUCGGUAAUGACAUCCUGGGUUUUGACCAGGAAGGCCAGGUGGUCAACAAACCGGACAAUCACGGGGGGAGCCUUGACUGGACAAAGAUCUGCGAGAGGUCGUCAAAGGUCAUCACGUUCAUCGACCUGGCGGGGCAUGAGAAGUAUCUGAAGACCACCGUAUUCGGAAUGACUGGUCACCUGCCAGACUUCUGCAUGCUAAUGGUGGGAAGUAAUGCAGGAAUCGUUGGCAUGACUAAAGAGCACCUCGGGCUCGCUCUGGCCCUCAACGUUCCUGUUUUUGUAGUCGUAACUAAGAUAGACAUGUGUCCCGCUAACAUCUUACAAGAGACACUAAAGUUAUUACAGAGGUUACUCAAAUCUCCAGGAUGCAGAAAAAUUCCAGUUUUGGUGCAAAACAAGGAUGAUGUCAUCGUAACAGCCUCGAACUUCAGCUCAGAGAGGAUGUGUCCGAUAUUCCAGAUCUCGAAUGUGACGGGUGAAAACAUGGACUUGUUGAAAAUGUUCCUGAACCUGCUGUCCCCCAGAACCUCAUUUAAAGAUGACGAGCCCCCGGAGUUUCAGAUUGAUGACACGUAUUCAGUUCCGGGUGUAGGCACUGUAGUAUCAGGGACUACUUUACGUGGAUUAAUACGGCUGAACGACACGUUGCUCCUCGGUCCAGAUCCUCUGGGCGUCUUCAUCCCCAUCGUCGUCAAAUCGAUCCACCGGAAACGCAUGCCUGUUAAAGAAGUGCGCGGUGGGCAGACGGCCUCGUUCGCCCUGAAGAAAAUCAAGCGCUCGUCUAUCAGGAAGGGAAUGGUAAUGGUGUCGCCCCGCCUCAACCCACAGGCAUGCUGGGAGUUUGAGGCUGAGAUUCUCGUACUCCACCAUCCGACGACGAUAGCGCCGAGAUACCAAGCUAUGGUUCACUGUGGCAGUAUCAGACAGACCGCCACCAUAAUCGGCAUGAACAAAAACUGUUUACGAACGGGGGACAAAGCCACAGUGCAUUUCCGUUUCAUCAAAACCCCUGAGUACCUUCACACGGACCAGAGACUCGUCUUCAGGGAGGGCAGGACCAAGGCCGUGGGCACUAUCACUAAGCUGCUUCAAACCAAGCCUCUGGCCAAGAUGCAGUCUACCAAGAAAACAUUUUCACAGGUGGAAGGGUCUUCAUCAACCAGCGAGGAAGCUACACAGAUGGAAGGAAGCCCUCAAACGGGACAACUGUCUGGGGGAAGCGGUCGACGGCGUGGCGGACAUCGGCACAAAGGCAAAUCAUCACAGAUCAGCGGCACUGGACCGACAACUACAGCUACUGGAGUGAGCGGCAACUGAGAUCCUCCAUCUCUCCCACCAUGACUACUGGUCAUCUGACGUCAAUAUUUUAAGUGGACACCAGAGGGCAGUAAAGCCUUUAUUUUCCUCUCACUAAACCUCCUUAAUUAGAACCGUUAAUCUCCACUGACACAAUCGUGCCAAAACCCUGACUGACAAGCAGCUGUUGUGUUCCUCGUCCACACGCUCUUUUUUUUUUCUUUCUCACCCUUAUCAAACCCUUUUACUUAAUAUUCUGUCAGCCAUUGGAGUCUUAACACCAUGUAAUAAACACCCCGAAAUCCCGGAUUUUGUAGCCGGAAUGUUUCCCCGAGGACCCAAUUAAGGAGCCUACGACUGAAUCCCUGUUUGUGUUCAGCGAUUUUGCAGCAACGUCAUUUUCCUCCUUCAAUUGAAUUUGGCAAAUGCUAACGGAGAUGAAAGGGAGAAAUCUGUUCUGCUUGUCAAUCUCUCAUGCCCCCUCAUCCUCUGAUUUUAAUGAGCGUUGUAGCUGCCGAGACGCGCGCAUUCACGACAGAUACAUAAAACCGGUCCCUCUCGGAGCACCACAAAUUAGGUGGCUUUCUGCUCUCCCGUGUUGCUUUUUCAUUUCGUGACCCAGCAUUACUUUCAAAAGGUCUCACCUUUUCAACGAAGAACGUUUUUUUCAGCAAAGAACAGGGAGCUAACCGAGACGACGUGUGGCAUUUCAUUUGGAUUUCUGUUUUCACUUUCUUGAACCAUGUCUUAUUUAUUCUAGACUCCUUUUCCAAUUAAUUUACCACUUUUGAGUAGCGAGACUAAAUCUUUAGCGUUGACUAAACAAACAAAAGACUAAUUCACCCACAAACAACAAUUUGGUCAUGUAGUUACCGCCAUGUCAUUCCGAAUCAGCAUGUUUCCCACGCGAUUACAGUUAAUGUUUUUAUUUUACCAGUCACUUUUUCUGUAAUUAGACGGAUCAAAUGCAAAGAAAGUGUGGGGAAAAAAAAAACUAAAUUUAAGUUUUGUAUUCAUAUUCUUCCUUUACUGUUAAUCAUUGUAAGCACAUCGAGUCAGGAAGUCAAUGAGGUUUCUUUUGCAUCAAAAAAAGUACCAUAAUAUUUGUGGCCUAUAUUCAAGUCUUCGCAAUUCGGAUGAUAGCUUUGUGCGGCUAUUAUUGAUCUACUUCCCCUACUUUUUAAUCUUCAUAAGCAACUCGAAUGAAUCAUUCAGAUGGUUUUGUGACUCAAAAGAAUGAUUUGUAUACAAAUUACUGGACGAUACAUAUAUCAUGAACUUUACUUAGAGAUGAAGGGUGGACGUCAAUAUUUUUUUACUACAAUUUCUUGCACAAAGCUACAAAAGACUAACCACUAAAGUCAUAUGGACCACAUUUAUUGGGAUUUUGAAGCUUAAAAACUAUGUUUCCCAGUUUGAUUGUGCAGUCAUACAGGUUUGGAAAGACUUUAGGGUGAGUAAAUGACCAAUUUUUUUCACUUCUGGGUGAACUAUACCUUUUAAAUACGAACCUUAAAAAGUUGUGCGUGAUAAGAUACCAGACCAACUGAGUUCAACACCGAAAACUUGAAACUAAAAAAAAAAAGAAAAUGGACAAAAGAAAAACACAUUGCCCACACAACUGAACAUAAAUAGCUUUCAUUUACAUAGUUUUCAUGAAGAAGGCAUCGUUCAAGGCAGUUCCUGUUCUUGGGUUCUAUCUGCUGUUCUUAUGUUUUGAAUCAAUAAAGGUGAAUCACAAGGUCUGUACUAUCAGGAAGAUCUUUAGACAUUGAUUUUAGUUUUAUCCGAGGCAGGCAAGGAGAUUUGAACCUUUCAAGCCCAGUAGAUUUUUUUGUUGCACAUGAUCUCUACAAGUUCAAGUAAGAGAAUGGCUCAUGAAGACCACAUGCAAGCCUUCAAGUUAUGCAAAAUAGAUUUUCUUCAGAAAUCUGAUGGAUAUUAUUAUUAUUAUUAUUUAUUUUAUUUCUUAUUUUGUGGUUCUUUUUUCUCCCCUCAAGGCUGGUACAAGUUUUAAAACAUUCAAUUGCAUUGGUUAUGGUAUUUUCUCCUGAAUAGUGCAUGAUUUUGGGUUUUUUUUGCAUAAAAAUAUGCAUGUGCACUAUGUACAAAUAAAGAAAAAAAAAACGU